AACAACUCUCACACAUCUAAGGCUCAUAAUUUUCUCGAGAAAAUAUAACUCCAUAAUCUGGUGCUUAGCUAAUUUGGAGGUGAGGAGGUAUUUGUAGUUGUAAUGGAAAUGGAAAGAGAGAUGGAGAAGAGAAUAGUGGUGGCAGUGGACGAAAGUGAGGAGAGUAUGUAUGCUCUGUCUUGGUGUCUCAACAACCUCCUUUCACCAAAUACCAAAAGUACCCUUGUCCUCCUCUAUGUUAAACCCCCUCUUCCUCCAUACUCUUCCUUGGAUGCAACAGACUACUUGUUUGCUGGUGAUGUUAUUGCAACCAUGGAAAAUUACGGCAAGGGCUUGGCCAAUUCGGUGAUGAGCAGAGCUGAAGCAGUCUGCAGGGACUCCAACACCACUUCCAUCAAAGUGGAGAAGAAAGUCGGGACCGGAGAUGCAAAGGAUGUGAUAUGCGUGGCCGUUAAAAAACUCCAGGCAGAUAUCUUGGUUAUGGGAAGCCAUGACUAUGGUUUUUUCAAGAGGGCUCUUUUAGGAAGUGUAAGUGAUUACUGCUCCAAGCACGUCGAGUGUCCACUGCUGGUUGUCAAGCGUCCUAAGUUUCUUGUUUGAACUUUCAAUCCAUUCUGUAUUUGUACAGUCAUAUUUUGGGGAAUCUGUAUUAUACGAUUUCUCUAUUAAUUUCCAUGAUUCCUGUAAAGCAGGAGUGUUAAACUAAACAUCAAUUUUCAA